AUGACGUAUGUCAUUAAAAAAAUUUGUUUACAAAACAGCCAGAAAUGGAAGUGUCGAGGUAUCAGAACAUCAAGGCCGUUCUCCUCUGAUUGGAGUGAUGAUGUCACUCUUACUGUCAUCGAGAGACCAAAACCUGAAGUGCGUGUAAAUCCAGAUCAUCAUGUGUUCAGAGGAGAGACAGUCACUCUCACAUGUGACAUACAGACACAAACACACACUGAGUGGAGAUACAGCUGGAUUAAAGAUGGGACCAUCAACAUUCUCAAUCAAUGCACAAAACAUGAGUGUGAAAUAAGCAGUGUUGAAUUCUCCCAUCAAGAUUUGCCCACAGCUAAACUCACUGUACAUCCAGAAACAUCUGUUUUCACUGGAGAGACAGUGAUCAUGAAGUGUGACAUUGAGUCUGAUUACAAGGAGCUACUGAGUCUGAUCAACAUCAGUUCUGCUGUCGAGGAAAGAGAUGGAAGACCAGCAACAUCACAGAACACAAGUGUUAUUCUUUCUGUUAAAGACUCAAAGCUCAAUCCUGAACUCACAUCAGAUACUGCAGGAGCUGCACUGACAGGAAACACGGUGACUCUGAUCUGUCACAUGACUCAGACCGCUGGAUGGGACUUUUACUGGUACAAACACACACAGAACUCUGAGAAAAAGAAGACAGAAACAAACUCCUACAGAGUCCAUAUUGAUUCAGUGUCUGAUGGAGGUCAGUACUGGUGUAGAGCUGGAAGAGGAGAACCAGUUUACUACACAAACUACAGUGAUGCAUUGUGGGUCAAUGUCACAGAGAGACCAAAACCUGAAGUGCGUGUAAAUCCAGAUCAUCAUGUGUUCAGAGGAGAGACAGUCACUCUCACAUGUGACAUACAGACACAAACACACACUGAGUGGAGAUACAGCUGGAUUAAAGAUGAUUCAGUCAAUCCAGUCAGCACUGAGAGAGUGUACAGAAUCACAUCUGACAAAUCUCACAGUGGUAAAUACAGCUGUAGAGGAGAGAAAAUCAGAGACUCACAGAGAUCAGACAUCAGUGAUGCUGUUACACUGACUGUAUCAGCUCAACGUCCCUCAGUGUCUCUGAUCAUCAGUCCCAGCAGAAGUCAACACUUCUCAUCUCACUCUCUCUCUCUGAACUGUGAGGAUCACAAUAACUCCACUGGAUGGACAGUGAGAAGAAACACAGACAGUGAGAGAAUGAAAGAUUGUUCAUCUACAGGAUCUACAUGUGAAAUCAGCUCCCUUAAAACAUCUGACACUGGAGUGUACUGGUGUGAGUCUCAAUCUGGAGAACACAGUCCUCAUAUUAACAUCACAGUACAUGAUGGUGAUGUGAUUCUGGAGAGUUCUGUUCAUCCUGUGAUUGAGGGAGAUACUCUGACUCUACACUGUUUACAUCGAUCUACAAACUCCUCAAUCCUCACAGCUGAUUUCUAUAAAGAUGGAUCACUCCUCCAGAAACAGACGACAGGAGAGAUGAGCAUCCCUACUGUCUCAAAGUCACAUGAGGGUUUCUACUCCUGUAAACACGGAGAGAGAGGACAGUCACCCGAGAGCUGGAUCUCAGUCAGACUGUAUUCUGAUGGACACGCGCCUUUAGAAACGUAA